AUGUCAACCUCAGGCCACCAGUCUCGCGGGUUUCAGACCACCAUUGAUAUCGCCCGUCAACAGGCGUAUCGCGUAGCGCCCGUCGCGGGACAAAAGCGACCCCCGACAGAGACCACAGAGCAGCCUCCCGAUUUACAGACCCCUGGUCCAGUCGUAAAGCAAGCUACUUUUGCUCGUCAAAAUGCCAAUCCAGACAUCCUAGUGGAGUCAGCUCCGCUGGAGACUGCCCGUGACCUGCUGAAUUCCCCUGUGAAGCGCGUUACCGCCAGCAAGAUUAUUCUCGGCGCUGGCGCUCCCCCGGAGCCAUCCCCGGAUGAUCCUCCAAGGAGUACGCCCGUUGCCCCGCCUUCCAGCCAGAAUCCCCUGCUAUCCCUGUCUAAUCCAAAGUAUGGCCUGCCGCCCGCCCUGACGGCUAACUUUGCCGCCCUCGGCGUCAGGAGUAUCUACCCGUGGCAGGCAUCGUGUCUGUUGGCUAAGGGCCUGCUGUCGGGUGAACGUCACUUGGUUUAUACCGCUCCGACGGGCGGAGGCAAGUCCCUUGUUGCGGAUGUUUUGCUUUUGAAACGCAUUAUUGAGAACCCCGGCCAAAAAGCGCUGAUGGUGUUGCCUUAUGUCGCAUUGGUACAGGAGAAACUCAAAUGGAUGCGUCGUAUUGUCCAAGAUGUUGAGAAGAAUGCCGAUGAUGAGCAGAAUGAUUCAAAUUUCCCUCGCAGGCGAUGGAAGAAGAUGCACAAAAACAUUCGGGUGACGGGGUUGUUUGGUGGCAGUCGGACGACGGCCACCUGGGCCGAUACUGAUAUCGCCAUUUGUACAAUAGAGAAAGCCAAUUCGUUGAUAAACACCGCGAUCGAAGAGUGUAGCAUUGGAGAGCUGGGUGUCGUGGUUCUCGACGAGUUACAUAUGCUUGAUGACGAGCACCGAGGAUAUCUCUUGGAACUGAUGGUCACGAAGCUGCUGUUGCUGCAGCAAGAUAUCCAAAUCGUUGGAAUGAGUGCCACGCUCACUAAUACCGAGAUGCUAGCACAAUGGAUGAAUGCCAAGUUCUUCAUCUCUACAUAUAGACCAAUUCCAAUCGAAGAAUAUCUGGUGUACGAGAACGGAAUAUACCCAGCUGCAACUUCGAGACAACUGUUCCAAACAGCAUCCAAGCUGACCGCUGCUAAAUCCUUACACGAUACCAUCCCUCCCCAUCGGAUCAUCCAGCCGUCUACUUUCAAGCAGCUCGCCAGCCCCGCUAUAAAUGCCAUGGUAGCGCUAGCAGUCGAAACUGCAACUGCAGGAUAUGGAUGUUUAGUGUUUUGUGGUAGCCGCAAUGCAUGUCCCAUUAAUGCUGCGAUUAUUGGCGAAGCGAUGCCGCCAGCGGAGCCGGAAGAGUUGAACAAGCGACUCGAUCUCCUCGCAGAACUGCGAAGUCUCUCUUGCGGGCUGGACCCGGAUUUGGAGACUACAGUCAUCAGAGGCACAGGGUUUCACAAUGCUGGCAUGACGACCGAAGAGCGGGAGCUAAUCGCCCAGGCUUAUGACCAAGGUGUGAUCAAAGUCCUCGUGGCAACGUGCAGUCUCGCUGCUGGUGUGAACCUCCCGGCGAGACGAGUUAUUAUCAAUGGUGCGCGAAUGGGUCGUGAACUAGUCGGUCCGGCGAUGCUUCGUCAGAUGUGUGGUCGUGCUGGACGCAAAGGCAAGGACAGCGCCGGUGAAACCUACCUCAUCUGCGUGAAAUCUGAUAUGCAGGCUGUCUGCGAUCUAUUGGACGCUGACAUGCCCGCCAUUGAGAGCUGUCUCGCACCAGAGAAGAGAGGCCUCAAAAGAGCCAUUCUGGAAGCUGUAGCAACUGGACUGGUAUCCGGUUGCGAGGCGAUCAAAGAGUACGUUCGUUGCACGCUCCUCUACCGCUCCCUGGACAAGAAGCUCGUAUACGGCAUUAUGAAUCUCGCUCUCCAAGAACUAGUCGAUGAAGAACUCCUAAUCUUCAAAGACGACGAAUCCUACGAAGCCUCGCCACUAGGCCAGGCAAUCGUCGCAUCAGCCUUUUCACCCGAAGACGGCCUAUUCGUCCACGAAGAACUGAAAAGAGCCCUACAAGCCUUUGUCAUGGACGGCGAAAUGCACAUCUUCUACAUGUUCACUCCCCUGCAAGCACCAUCGAACACACCCAUCGACUGGCAAAUCUUCCGCGACCAACUAGACCGGCUCGAUGAAAGUGGUCUCCGCGCUCUACAAUUCGUCGGCGUCAACCCCGGUUUCGUCAACAAGAUGGUCCUAACCGGGGCCUCCCUAAGAGAAUCAACCCCAACCGAAAUAACCCUAGCCCGCAUCUACCGCCGCGCCUACACAGCCUUCCAACUCCGCGACCUAUCCAAUGAAGUCCCCCUCGCAACAAUAGCAAAGCGCUACAAUAUCCCCCGCGGCACAGUGCAAACCCUCGCACAACAAUGCCACGGCUUCGCAGCCGGCAUGGUCAAGUUCUGCCAGCGCAUGAACUGGGGCAUGAUGGCUGCUGUAUUGGAUCACAUGCGCGAUAGACUUGAGGCUGGGGCGCGCGCGGAUCUGCUUGAGAUGGCGCAGGUUACAUUUGUCAAGAGUUGGACUGCGAGGUUGCUGAGAGAGAACGGGUUUAAGAAUUUGAGGGCGCUGGCGGAAGCUGAGCCGAAGGAUUUGGUACCUGUUCUUAUGAUGGUUAAUCCUGCUAAAGCGCAGAAAACACAUACUUAUCCAACGGAGUCGGAGAGGUAUGCUGCGAAGUUGUUGGCGAAGGCUGAGAUCAUUAUUGCGCAUGCGAAUAAGCUUUGGGGUAUGUUUUCUUCUUCUUAUAAGUGGAAUUGGCGUGGGUGUAUACUGACAUGUGGUUUUCCAGAUCGGGAGAUGCUGGUCGAGUUGGAGGAAUGA